GCAGCUCCCCGCGUGCCUACGCGCCAGGAAAUGGUGGACGCUAAGCUGCCGCUGCACUACCGCGACACGUGCGCGGGCCUGCUGAUCCCGCUGAACGAGUGCCGACGGGCCACGCUCUUCCUCCCGUGGAAGUGCCAGGACCUGCGCCACGCUUACGAGAAGUGCCAGUACGAGGAGUGGAAGACGCGUGUGGAGCUGCUCAAGAACGAGAAGUAG